AUUAUUUGCAAUGUAUAUGGCGACCUCUCCCCACAGAAACAAUUCGUUGCCUCUCCCAGCUUCGACAACGUCAGAGCUUGAAGUGGAGCGAAGGUGAUCUUGUCGUGGUUACAUAACGUGAUUGAUAUAGGAAUAGGAAGAUACCUCUUUUACCAGUUUAUCUACUACCGGUAUAUUGUUCAGUUUGACGUUCUAUUAUUCUAGAGGUCUUGAUUAUAGAGGUUCAUUUGUGAACUUCGUAACCUGCAGUUGAAGCAGGAGCAAGAACGGACCCGUAACCUUCAGGACGCCCUUCAUGCGCUGGCGCAGCAGCACGACAGACUAGAACUCCUCUCGGCGACCCUCUCCACGAGCCCUCUCAACUUCCAAGAUAUCCCCGCGGAGUUCGACUAUGAGGAUCAUGAAUUCCACAGUGUGAGGGACUCCGGAAGCCGAGGAAGCAGCCCCACCGGUAGCUUUGAUGAUCGACUCAGUGACGUCGAGAGCUUCUACAGUGUCAGGAUGGAUUCCGAGCAAAGGAUGCCAACAGAGGGCGUUCAGCAUAGAAUAUCAGACUCUGAGAACCAUUCAAACAGUAAACAGAGCAAGGAAGACCUUGUUUCAUCAAACAAUGGAGAUUAUAGUAUAACUAAAAACAGAGACUUGGGAAAAAGCGAUGUGUUCACAUUUGGAAGUGUGCCCGAUAUUAUCAUUCCAGGUUGUGCGAGGGUAAGGUUACCGGCCCCCAUGUACAGACGAGACCAUAUGACGUUAUGGACAGUACUAAAGCAAUGCAUCGGCAAAGAACUCUCCAAGAUCACCAUGCCCGUAGUCUUUAACGAACCGUUAAGCUUCCUCCAAAGAUGCUGCGAAUACAUUGAACAUGCCCACCUCCUUCUCAAGGCCAGUAUGUCCGAUGACCCUGUGGAUAGGAUGAAGUUUGUGACAGCCUUUGUUGUAUCUGCAUCAGCUUCAAACGUAGACAGAUUUGGAAAACCCUUCAAUCCACUCUUAGGAGAAACAUAUGAGUUGUCAAGAGAGGACAUUGACACCAAGAUGCUGUUAGAGCAGGUCUCCCACCAUCCUCCCGUCAGUGCCUUCCACGCCAGCUCGCCUCACUUUGAGUUCCACGGUGCUGUCCAUCCAAAGCUCAAGUUCUGGGGAAAGAGUAUGGAGGUCCAACCCAAAGGCGUCGUGACCAUCAAGCUUCCAAAACACGGUGAAUCCUACACCUUUCAUAACGUCCUAAUGUGUGUUCAUAAUCUCAUCGUGGGUAGACUCUGGAUAGAGCAGUACGGCACGCUAGAGAUCAUCAAUCACAAGACGGGGCAUAAGAGCGUUCUCAACUUCAAACCGGCUGGCUGGUUUGGUCGAGAUCUCCACAAAAUUGAAGGCCAUAUCUCUGACAAGCAGGGAAAGAAGCUGUGCUAUCUCUAUGGGAAGUGGACAGAGUACCUGUGCGCUGUUCAAAAAGAUUCGCCUGAAAGCAGAAAGGAAGAGAAGAAGAGGAAAGGGAGGGCGAGUGCAUCAGAUAGGCAGAGUCCACCGAGUUCACCAGGAGCAGGGAGCGAUCCUCUUGGUGAUGGACCAGACACAGACUCUCAGAUCUUAUGGCAAAACCUAACAAGGCCUGAAGAAUCAUCACAAUACUAUUCCUUCACAUCGUUUGCCAUGAAGCUGAAUGAACUGAGCGAUGGUAUGAAGCAAACCCUACCGUGCACAGACAGCAGGUUGAGACCAGACAUCAGAUUACUAGAAAACGGUGAUAUAGACGGCGCAUCCUCUGAGAAGCAUCGCCUGGAGGAGAACCAGAGGGCGAGGCGGAAGCAACGGAACAAGAACAAAGACACCUGGUCCCCCGUCUGGUUCCGAGCUGACGUCAACAGCUUGACAGGGGAGCAGGACUGGCUCUAUAAGGGUAACUACUGGGACAGGAACUACUCCAACUCUCCUACUAUAUUUUGAGGGACCGCUGAACCUGUGUAGUACGACUUCCCAAAGAUGACGAUGGUCUGGUUGGUAGAUGUCUCUGGUACUGACGAUGCUCCUAUAGAGUAGUUUCAGAUGAUGUCACAUGGAGGGCAAAACGAUAGAAAACCUGUGCAUUACACCCUUCAAAGAAUGAUUCGCCACGGUUUAAUGGACAGGUUUCUAUUGUUUGUUCUCUAACAUGUCUGUUCGUGGGAACGCCCAGUGUAUGGAGAGUAAAAUCCAAGAUGGUCUUAAUUGGAAAGGGGGUCGUCAUGUUGGGGUUCCAUGCCAUUUGCUCCUGCGACAAUUGCUCCUACUGGAAGAUGCACACAUUAAAGCCGAUCAUAAACCUGAGCUUCAGACCUUAUCCUUCAUCCCAAUCCCCAUAUGACUCUGAACCAAAAGCCAUUUACAAUUCUAACCCUCCCCCUAUAUCUUCAGAGAAAUAAGCGAAGGAGCAUUUGUCGUAAGAGCAAAUGUCGUGUUACCGUAAGGGUGGCUUGGCCAGUGCUGAUGAGCAUUUAUAUUGAAAUUGAAGAAACAUUGUUUUUAUGGUCAGGUUCAUUCAACAAAAUAGUGUAUGUCACUACCCACCCCAAAAUAAACAAUAAGUCGCCCAUAAUGGUGUCAUAAAUAAAAUUUAAAAAACAAUAAUGAUAGCCAAUUUUUAUAUGGCGCUUUUCCCAGAAUGGCUCAAAGCGCUUUACAGCAUAUUAUUACCCUGGUCAUUCAUUUCAAUCCCGCACGAAAAGUGCACAAUUUCCACUCCCUGGGGAGCAUUCCUUGCAUUCAUCGCAGCCUCAUUAUGGCGCUGGCAAAUUCAAACAUACAAUAUCUUUCGCAUCCUACCGGGUACCCAAAAUAACCCUUUUGAUAAGCUAAUUUUCAAAUUUUUGCUUUUUAACUGCCAAAUUACAAUUUUGGCUCUUUACAGAAAACCUCCCCUGGCGACUCAUUGGUGGUUUCGGGUUGGCUGGUCACAUAUGGGGAAGCAUUCCUGUUAAGACAAAUAGGAGUAUCCUCUUACUUAUGAAUGUAGGUAACCUACAUUAUGUUGACCACUGCAAUGGUAUAACUGAAUAUGAAAGAUCAAAGAAUAGGGGAAAGACAAGUGACCUUUCUAUGCAGGUAACCAUGCUACCUUAAACUUAACCAGUGUGAAAAUCAUGUUAACUCGUGAUUGAUAACAGCUAUUGAAGUACUCUACUUUUAAGGAAUAACUUAUAUUAGGACUGGUGUUGGCCUCUAACCUAUCAGAAGUUCUGGGGUCCGUAUUAACACAAAAAUGCAGUGAUUGAUGUUACAGUUGAUUUACACAAAUGAUUUCAGAAAACAGUUAAUGUGGUCAAUUGUAAAACCUGGUUCAAAGAUCAAGUGCUAUGCUUUGUGUUAGGAAGCCCGAGGGGGUGUUUCAUAAAGCUGUUUCUAAGUUACGAGUGACUUUACGAACGACUGGUGAUCCUUUCUUGUGGUAAAUGAUACAGACAGGAUUUUCAUUGACCUUGAUUAAGUUCCUAAGACGGGUCACCAGUCGUUCGUAAAGUCGCUCGAAACUUACAAACAACUUUAUGAAUCAUCCAUCAGGUAAUUCUAUGAUUAGAUUGCCAACUGCAUCUCUUGAUGUUGAGGACUUGUUGAUAUUGUUGCAUCUUGCAAUCAUCGAUUGGGGAUUUCAAGAUUGGUGUUGGAGUUGGGCUGGUUUUUAAAUCAGUACCACACCAAACUUUAAAAAAAAAAAGGAUGCUUGUCCUGGGAUGAAUGUUUGAGCUAGGGAGCACAAUCUGAAUUGGGCUUCCAACACUAACACACUCACUAACACUGAAAUGUUAACUCGCAUUCAGUGUUGAAGCUUGGUAACACAACCUGAAUUGUGUGUCAGGACCAACACCAAACACCAAAACUUGAAAUCACCCAAUAUACUUCAUGUAACACCAGAUCAAUUGUGUCAAUCUGAAUUCUGUGUAUUCAUGGCUGGACGGGGUGCUGUGAGUCAGGUUAAAACUGUCAUUGUCAUAAAUUGGUAAUAUGUACAAGCAUAACUCAAGUUUAAUUUAAACCAAGACUUAUGUAAUGCCACAUAGGCAUUAUGAAUGAUCUUACAAGUCUGACUUUCCUUUUUCUGACCCCCCCCCCCCCCUUCAGUUCUUCACUUCCGUCGUAGAUUGUAACUAAAUGUUUCUUCUGGAACUUUUCUAUGGGAAAAUGUUAUUCACUGAAUCGUGGUCAGGAUUUAGUAAAGAAUCUGGAUACAAAAAUGAACAUACUUAUUCUAAAUAGAAGUUUUUAAGUUUAGCCAUUGAUGCAAUUUAAGGAAAAAUAUAGAAAUGUCAAUGUUCAUUCAGGUUUUCACUGUAUUUGCAAAGAUAAAUGAAAGUCAUGUGAUAUUACAUGCACAUAUUUUGAUAUGUUUAUCUCUACCUCAGGAUAAAAAAAAAUACUCUGUACAGCUAUCUCUUACUAGGCCUUCCCAUCUUGGUGGGGAAAUUUUCUCUUUUGGGUACUUUUAUGAGAUUGAGGGGACCAAAUUUUGGAUACUAUUUAGGAGAAUCUUCCCUCGUAACCUGUAGUGGCAAAAUCAAGCACUGGUAUAUGACGUUCUGCAUACUUGCACCUGUACAUCAACUUUUGGACUGUUUUUAAGCUGUAGGAGAUAUGAUAAUUUGUUUUGAUGUUCAAAAUCCAAAGGGAUAUAUCGAUGUUGUUAUGCCCUGCGAAAGCAUGACUGAUUAUGAUGAUGAAAAUAUGUACAAAGCCCCAUAGUCCCAUCUCCCUUACCAAAAAUUCUUAUUUUGUAUAAAGCCUAAUUGGAGGAAUUGUCUCUAAUAUACAACCAGUUGCCUUUAAUUUUAUUCUCAACAUGUUUUAUGACUGUCUCUUUGUAUGCUAUCUUCGUGUAUUUUUGCUUGAUAAAUUGCAAAAUUGAGAAAUUCAUAUGCAGCUCUAUUAUGUUGGUAAUCAACAUGUAAAUCUAUGUUUGUAUGAAUACCUUCUGUUUUCCUACUGUCAAAUAUUUGAUUAUGGGUGAGAUUUUGUAGCAAUAUGAGUGCUUCCUUUAUUUUCUUCGAAGAUGUUGUAUCGUUGUCUAAAUGCGAGCAGACAAAAUUAUGAUUUAUCAAAGAAAUACCACUGCACGAUAACAGUCUGUGAAGGUGAAAAUAUAGCAUAGCUUGUUAAGUAGACUAUGUAAUAAUUAUACUUAUUGCUUAUAAAGUGAGCAACUACUAAAUUAGAAGUCUCUCAGCACUCAACAGUAAUGCAGCACAUUCACCCCAGCUUGAGCUGAGUGGCUUUAGAAGCUUGUGUGUUUUAAGGAAUUAAUACUGGCAUGCCCCAUUUACCUCACCUGGGUAGAGUGCAGCACGAUAUGGAUACAUUUCUUGCUGAAGGAAAUUUACAUCUGGAGUAUGAUUUGAACCCAUGACCCUCUCUGAUUAAGAGACAAGAGUCAGAAACACUGCACCAUGAUGCCAGGGUUGUGUGGUAUGGUUAAAAGCAUUAGACUCAUGAUUGUGAGGUUGUCAGUUCAAAUCCCCGCUCGGCCAUUAUCUUCACUUUAUUAAAAAAAAGGCCCAAGAUUAAUUUCUGUCUUUUAAAAGGUCAGCCACUACAACUGAUCAAGACUUAAGAUGUUUCUUACGUAAUUGGUUAUAUACCAGCUUGGUUGGUGUUGAUGCGGCAGAAACUGCUUUGCCGAGUUCCUAUGGGGGUUGCGUCAACAGAAACAGAGCAUCUGUAAUGUAUUAACUCACCCUUAGAGAGAAAUGUAGGUAAAUUUCUUAUUUUAUGAUGAUAUCUGAUAAAAGCUAGGCAGCCAUUGAAUGAUGCUCAGUUUUCUACUGUACCUUUUGUAUAUCAUUAGACAAAUCAUUUCACACCUGAUCAUGAAAAAAAAAACACAAGUCAUCAGGAACCAUUAAGGAAAUUAAAUUUAUUUUAUAUUAUAUAACAUAUGGGGCAGCUGCUCGUUUAUGACGUCACAAAUCCAAAACUCCAAAUUCUAAUAACUUUCUCAAUCUGUAAUGGAUUUUCCUCAAACCUUCACCCAUAUUUGUUAUUAUAUUUUCUGCUAUUUUUACAACAAAAUUUUCUUCAGGGUGAACUUCCCCUUCAACUUCAGCGUCAAAUGGCGUAUCAUUGGUUGGUUUGGAGUUCGAUUUGUUGGUUUCACUGUAGUAUGAAGCAGCAUGGCCUUUCUAUCAGCACACCAUUCUUUUCCCUUUCUGUAAAUGUUAGGUGGUGAUUUUUAGAUACUUGUAAAUAUGAAAUUCCAAAGGAUGAUUAUCAAUGCUAACGUCUGUCUCUUUUUUUAAGAUGCAAAUAUUUGUAGAAAAUUGCAUUAACCUUUUUUUUUCAAUAUUGAAUUGGGGCCCUGCUGUAGGUCCUUAUUUGUAGGUGAAUGUUGAAAAGGCUAAAUUAACUCAGUUAUUUCAAUACAUGUUAAUAAAGCAGUAUUAGGAUUCGGUAAAUCUAAAGGUAAUUUACGUUCAAAGUUUAUUGUAAAUUGGUUUUAUUGUAGAUUGAGAAAUAGAUCAUAUCAUUACGCACAUGUUGUCUGUAAGAUUGAUAUAAGAUCUGAUAUGGCUGGGUAAAUUCUCCCAAUGAAAUGAUAUAGAAUUUUGAUUCCACCACAUUGUAUGGUAUUAAAUCAAGGAGACAAGCAAUAGCGUCAUUGAAUAUCCACCUAUAUUGAAAACAGUUGAUGUUGAAGAUGUUGAAGUGUGAUGAUGAAUACAGUAAAUGUAACAUGAUUAUAAAUGCAGGUGUAAACCGGUAUAUAUUUAAUGAUGGGCAUUAACGAUGGGUAUGCUAUGAUUACAGCAAUUUAAAAGGAGGAUUUACCUGUUAGCUUAUGAAUUCAUGUGUAGAACACUUAUUAUUUUCAUUAGCUUUUCUCACUCUUCUACCACGGCUUCUUUGUCCUCUGGGAGCAUUUCGUGCAAGGACUUGUCAGAUUUUCAUCAGACGGAUCCUGUUUUAGCCGACAGUUUCCAUAGUAACGGUGCUCCUCGGCCAAUCAAAAACAAGGAAAGAUGUCAGAUCUGACAAAUUGUGGGAUAACAAAUGUUGAUGAACUACUCCCAGGUCAUACCUGUGAUGACCUUGUUAAAUUGGGAGGCGUUGGGAAUUUGGGUGAGGUGUUUGGGCUUCAUUUACUGACAACCUGAAUCCACCUUUUGACUUACUCAUCCUCUUUCAAGUCUUAUGUUAGGGAAGAAAACGCACACAAAAAUCAUGUUUCAUUUCAGGAUAAGGAUGAAGGAAGACGGGGGGGGGGGGUAAUAGUGAGAUUUUGUUAAUCAUUUUGUUGAAAAAUGUAUGAAUUUACAAGUUGCGUGUGCUCUUCAUUGUGUUUUCUUGUACUUGCGAUCGAUCGAAACCCCUCAGAUUCAAGGAAGCCAGUAGAGAUCGUAGAGGGCGCCAACGCUCAGCUGACACAUUACUCUAUUAAGGAAUGAAGAUCGCUACCUUUCGCUGGUUGCUUAGAUAGAUAUGGAAUGCCAAAAUUUAAAAAUCUUAAAAUGAAAUUGGUAAUAGAAUAGUAAUAAUUUGUUGAAAAUUCAGGAAUAGAGUUGGACCAUAGAGUAUAGCUCCAUUUUUGGACUAUAAACUUUUGGCUCGUCAUAUACAAGGUAUUCAUGAUAUUGUCAUAGAUUUAAGAAUAGUUUUUGAACCCCCCCCCCUCCCUUUAUGAAAUUUUUAUAUUAAGACUGCGAAAUCAUAUAUGAUGGGAAAGUUUGCAAUCAUGUAUUUAUCUUUUUGUAUAUUCAAACUAGUCAGUAUCCAUAAAUAAUGCUUGUAUGAUUUUGCACCGAUUAUUUGUAUAUUAUGGAAUUUUUAUAUUGAAAACACUAAUUGUAUUUGAUUAAAAAUUGUUACGAACAUGUGACAGCUGAUGGAGAUACUGAAUGAUAAUAAUUCACAUUGAUGUGUACAUUUGAUAUAGAUAUCUCUAGAUAGGCAUAUUGAAUUGGUUGUAUAUCUUAAUAAUGUCAGGCAUCUUCGGAGUGCUAAAAUCUUAAGUGUAUUUUCAGCCUUAUAGCUGCCUUCCGUUUCUUUGAUACAAAUAAUUCAUUGAAGUUUUUCUGCGAGUUGUGUAGCGAGUGGUAACACUUCAUUGAAAACAUUAAUGUUUAGUAAUUGUUGUAGACAUCGAGUAAGGCUGCACGAUAUUGCAUAUCGUGCUGCUUUGAUAGUAAUCGCCAUGUGUAUUAUCACGAUAUGGGGUUCUAAUAUUUGUCAAACAAUAGCAAUCAAUGAUUGCAUUCCACAUUUUGUUAGCUGAGACAAUUAUGAACAAAAGACAGCAAAGAUGAGGGGUAUUAAAUGUAGUUAAGGAAUGACAUUUUUAUGACCCUUUUAUUGGAGCCGGUAUGCAAUUGAUCGGGGUAAUGAAUGUGUUCGUUUUAUGGCAGUUGAAGGAAGAUUCCUUGGCGGAAGCUAUUAAGACCUCGAUUCUAUACAACAUUUUUGUACAAGCAAUACAUCAUGGACCCGAUACCGUGUAUUCAUUGAAGUCCAAUGUCGCAAUAGUUGAAUAUCAUAGUUGCAUCAUCAUACCGUGCAGCCACGUGUUUAAGAUUAUUUGAUAAAUUAUUGUUCAUUUCCUAUUUCUAUUAAUUUCAUUGAAGUAUUAUACAGGGUAUCUCCAACUGUGUCAAUUACUGCUCUAUCAAAGUGCCCUGUUAAAGAGCUCUAUUCAUGAUAAGUACCGUACCAAAAGAGUAUGUUAAUAUAACCAAGUAGAAUAGCUGUAAGCCUACGUGAGAUUAUCAGCCAAUCAGCAUUGAGUAUUGUAAUUAACUUUGAUCGACCCUUUAUGUUUAUGUCAGAUUUAGAAUGUCAUUAAUUAAGCGACUGAGGGGCAUUGAUUAUCUUAAAUUGAAUUAUAAACCUUUAUUGUAUCAUAAGUCUUACUGAAAAACGUGGUGUCAUCUUCAACUGCCAAGUUUGGAAUCUAAUCUGUAUCGCUUAACCAAUACCAGCCGAAUAGUGUGCUUAUAGAUUGUCUCGUCGAUGGAUAGUUAUGUAAUGUAUCAUUUGAGAGUGAGGAAUGCGACACGAUUAUGUUAUGACUAUACUUCAAAAUUUCUUACUAUUUUGUAGAGACAGUGUGUAGUCCUAAAAAAGAAAAGUAUAUUUAAUAAAUGUUAACAUCUAUGAUA